GGCCACUGGCGCACACACAAACACAAAAUCCAAAUAAAACACACAAGCACAGGGCACGAUCAUAUCACAUAUGGAAACAGAAAUGAGAUAAGGGAAGAACAGAAGAGGGACCGAAGAGGGAGGUUAGAGAGGAGAUGCUGCGGGAGAAGGGCUCCCUGGACCUGGUGCUGGUGCCGUGUGGGUUGGUGAUCAUGUUCGGCUACCACCUCCUCCUCCUCUACCGGAUUCUCCGGCAUCCGGGCACCACCGUCAUCGGCUAUGAGAACCACAACAAGCUGGCAUGGGUUCGGCGCAUGACCCAGACGACACCAGAGGAGACGGCGCUGGCGCUGAGCGUAAUCUCCAGCAGCAUCUCAGCGUCCACAAACCUGGCCUCGCUGUCCAUCGCGCUGGGCUCGCUCAUCGGGGCAUGGGUGAGCAGCACGACCAAGGUGUUCAUGACGCAGCUUGUCUACGGCGACACCAGCCAGGCAACAGCUGCGGUGAAGUACAUCUCGCUCCUUGUCUGCUUCCUGGUGUCCUUCACUUGCUUCAUCCACUCUGCAAGGUACUAUGUCCAAGCCAGCUUCCUGGUAAGCACACUGGACUCUGACGUCCCAGCAAGCUACGUGCAGCAUGCAAUGAUCCGAGGUGGCAACUUCUGGUCAACAGGCCUCCGAGCGCUCUACUUUGCAACGACAUUGCUGAUGUGGAUCUUUGGGCCGAUACCGAUGUUCGCCUGCUCGGUAUUCAUGGUGUUCAUCCUACACUUUCUGGACAGCAACUCCCUGCCACUGCACCAACACCAGUUUACAGUUAGAAAACAGCAUGACCAGAGAGCUCUUGCAUCUGCUAGCACUACAUGGCAGCCAAGUCCUCAAAAUGCGAUUAUCAGCAACCCAAUAUUAUCACCUGUAACAUUUUUCACUUGAUGAGUAGACUUCAAGUGGUCAGGGCUGGUCUUAGUGCCCUUCCUAUCUAAACAAUGAGUGUGCUGCAGCUCCCUGAAGGCACUAAGUUGGCGAUAAGCAGAAGGAUGCACAGAUGUUUGUGGCAGAAGUCUGAAUAUACUGGAUAUUGUAUAUCAAGUUUGUACUCCUCAAUGCAAAGGGGGGUUGGGGUGAUGGAUCUUUUGGUGUUCAAUGAAGCUCUCCUCUUAAAGCAUCUGCAUAAGUUUUCAAUUGCCGAGAGAUCCCUUGGGUUAACCUUAUUUGACACUCCUACUAUGACAGUUUGGUCCCUCAUUCCUUUUGGUGGAGAGAUAAUAAAACUGGUGUCCAAGUUCAGAAGCUUU